GGUAUACAGAGAGAUCGAAGAAAGAGAGAGAGAGACCUAUACAGAGAUGGCCUCCGGCGGUGGCUCCAAGCAGCUGAAGGCUAGUCUUCUCAUGGUGGUAGCAGCUCUGCUCCUCCUCAUCUGCACCUGCACUACCAGGGGGCAAGCGGCAAGGCCGGAGCCAGGAUCCGAGGGCCACACGCCACAGCAGCUGCGCGCUGAUGUAUCCAUCUCCGUCGUUGCUGGUCAUGAGAAGAAGAGUGGCUCAUCAGUGGCCGUGGUGGAAAUGCGUCGAGAAGAUCCGGAUCAGGCGGCGAGAGAAUGUGAGGACGACGACGGAGACGACGAACAGGAGUGCCUGAUGAGGAGGACGUUGCUCGCUCACACCGACUACAUCUACACCCAGGGGAAGCACAACUAGCUAGUCACUGCUCACUAGCCUGUGCUGCUGGCUCAUGCUCAUGUCAUGUCGAGGAAACAAGUUCAAGGGACAAAAACAAAACAAAAAAGCUCGCAUGGUUCACGAGCUAGCCUAGCCAACCUGAAGUUCUACAGUGCCGUACGUCAACUGUGUGGAUUGUUUUAAAAUAUAUACCUAGUCUUUUUCUUUCUGCAGUUCUGCUAGCUGUGGAUUAUUUUCAUAUAUAUAUAUAUACCUCGCUAAUUACCCCCUGUGAUUUCCCAUCGGCUUUCUCGAG